AUGAGCAAAGCCCACAGUGAGGAGGAGAAGGGCCAGAGGAAGGAAGAGCAGAGCGAGGAGGAAGAGGAGGAGGAGCAGAGCGAGGAGGAAGAGGAGCAGCAGAGCGAGGAGGAAGAGGAGGAGGAGCAGAGCGAGGAGGAAGAGGAGGAGGAGCAGAGCGAGGAGGAAGAGGAGGAGGAGCAGAGCGAGGAGGAGGAGGAGGUGGAGGAGCAGAGUGAGGAGGAGGUAGAGAGAGGAGGAGCAGAGUAG